UCAGAACGACGCCGGUUCAUCGAAUAUCCCCAACAAGUAAGUUACUCAGUGCAAUUGCUGUUUACUUGCUGUUUUAAUAAAAGUCUGAAAUAAAUAUAAUAAAUGUAUAAUGAAUAACUGUUUAUUUUGCUUAUAUAACUAUAUAUUAAAGUCGAUGAGUAAUUAAAGUAUACACUUGAAAUUUAAUAAAACAACCCAGCAUAUUGUGAAUAACUAUUGCGGAAUUGACCCACCCUCAGAAUGGCGAAGAACACUGGUGAGAGCAGAAUACCGGUUUCUCGGGUACCGCGUCCGUCUUUUUUGUUGAAACCCAAGAUUGUUGGCCCGUCAAAACAUACUCCCAUUAUAAAUCCAGGCCCUGAUCACAAGCGAAAAUCAAUUAUCACAGGAUGUUUUUCUCCGAUUGAUCCUGAUGAAACUAUUUUAUUGAGAACACCUAGAACAUGGACGAGCGAUAAUAAUUAUACAUCAACAUCAUCAGAUACAGCGAAACGCUCUGACACAAUAUUUAAAUCACCUGGAGUAUGGAAUCCUGAUAGUAAUUUACAACAUGAUUCACCAUCACAACGAAAGGAAGAUAAAUACUUUAAUAAGUUUUACGAUUCAUCGAGUAUGAUCGAUGACAUCGGAAGUAGUUGUCUAAUUGACUCGUCAUCGAGUAGUACAUUUGAUGUUAGUGGAUCAAGCUGCUUGAAUACAUCGCAGCAGUACUUGGUGCUGAACAAGCAAAAUUCGUUCGAGCAUGACGAGAGCCUGGGAAUACUGACGCCUGACCAAAUGACCGACUUUACAAUAGCAUUGGGUUGCUCCCGGACGCCCUCAUAUGAAAAUCUUACUGGUUCUAGAGUUGCUGUAACCUCAUCAUCUUCGUCACGCGCUUCCAGACCUACAAAUAUUCCAUUUGUGGUUGAUGUUGAUGUGCCGGGUAAUUUUUGCGAACGCUCACCGUCAUUAGAAGAAUUACCACUUGAUGAUUCAAAGCCACUCGACGUAAAACUUAUUAUUGAUCACCAAACUGCCAAUAACACAACAACAACAGCAACAGCAACCGCAGGAAUUUCAAGCGUUGCAGUAUCUAAUGCCUCUUUGCCAAUGAGUUUUGUUACUUCGGUAACAAGUAUUACAAGUCUUGAAGCUGGUUAUCAAGGUGACGGUGAAAAUUCUCGACCCGCAAGCCGUGGUCCAGAUCCACCAUUAGUUUUACCAGAUAAUUUACCGGGUUCUUGUCAAGCUUGUCGACUUCAAGACCCUAUGACUGAUUCUGAUUUUUUUACUGAGAGUGACGCAGAUGCUCAUGAAGAUAUUGGUAGAGGCGAUCGUCGUGCUCAAGUGAUUGAUGGUACACUUUUCUGUGCACCAGCUGGUCGUCGAUGUCCGAGCUUCGCUGGCGAAGAAAUGGACUCAAGUGGAAUAUAUUCAGAUCUUGAUAAGCGGCAUGACGAACGUUAUAAUCUAGAAGAGCCAUUAAGUGAAGAUCAAACUCCUGAUACUGCAAAUACUGGUGAUACCCCCGAUACUCAAGUCUCUCCUAAAUCUCGGUUAUCACCGAUUCUUAAACCUGAAGUACCGCUAAUUAUCACUAAUUACUUGCAGGUACCAAAGAGUCCAGAAGACAUGUCUAUAGAAGUAACCCCAGAAAAAAAUGAAGUUACGGUGAUCCACGUAGCAAAUGAUAGCGUUGAAAGAUCAUCGACUCCAAAAUUAAUAAAUAAAUCCGAUUCAACUGGACUUAAGAAAUACAAAAUGCCGAAAAAAAAUGUUGCAUCUAAAAUAAAAGCCAUGAUUGAAUGUGGCGUCAAAGAGGACGUUAAAGAACCACGUCGGGUCUCAAGGUCUCCAAGAAAGAGCGGCCGAUGGGACGCGGUUAUGAGCAAAAUUGAAGCCGGUAAAACUGAGCAGCGAACGAGACCACCUCGGAAAGAAAUAAAAUCGCGAAUUUUACAAAAUCUUGUAGCAACAUCUUCGUCUUCGUCCUCCUCAUCUACAUCUUCAUCUUCUGCUGUCACUGUCGCUUCCGCAAAACGUUCGCCCGGCGAUGCAAAUAAUAACAGCAAUGCAAAUAAAGACAAAAGGAGGACAAGAAUACGGCAAAGCAAUGCAUCGCCUACCCAAGAAACUGCUCGUAGUUCAGUUCGGAGUUCAAUGAGCGAUAUCAGCAGUGCUACAAGCAAGGGUACAGCAUCCAAACGAUCACCUGCUAAUAUUAAUCAACAGCGAAGAAUUGUUAAUGGCCGAGGUAGUCUUAAACAAAAUACACUCAACAAUGAUGCAAAAAAAGCUUGUACACUUGAUUUAUCACCACUUAAUCUUGAUAAAAGCCCAACACCUAUUCGUAAAUCAUCCUCAAUAAGAAGAGCAACAACUCUUACUAAUGGUGUUGGUGCCAAUGAAAAACAACAAAAUGGAUCUGGAUUAAUUAAAGAUCGCAUUAUUAAGGAAACAACUGCAAGUCCUGUUAUUUCACCGAGAGUAAAAAAUAUUGAAACUCGUCAUCAAGAAGCACAAACUACUGACAUUAAUAAUGAAGCGAAACGUACUGAUGAUAUUAUUCAAGCUUUAUGUAUUACCGUACAGUAUUUAACGCAACAGCUUGACGACUAUGCAGCGAUGACCCAAACAAAAUUAUAUAAUUUGAAAAAUGCUUAUGGAAAUUUGGAAGAGACACUUGAUAAAGAGCGACGAGACCAUGAAAAAGAAAUUGAUGAACUUCGUAUGCGCUUGGAAGGAAUUCAUAAAGAACGAAUAAAAGACCUUGAAAAUGUACUGCAAGAAGAACGAGAUGAAUUUCAAGUUCGGCUUAAAACAUCAUUAGACAAAUUGGCAAGAGAACACGAAGUAAUAAUAGACAGAUUAAAAUCCGAGCAAGAGUUGGAAAUAAAAGCUAAAGAAAACUAUUGGAAUAGUAAACAAGCAGCAUUAGAAUCAUUAGAUAUUAAAUCAGAAUUAGAGUCAUUAAAAAAUGAGUAUGAAUCUCUUAAAUUAAGUAUUAAACCAGUAAUGUCAUUUAAAAAUACUAUGAUUAAAAAGUUAAAAUGUGAAAUUGAAAAUUUAAAGCGGCAAGUUAAUGAUAAAAAUAAAUUGGAAAAACGUGUUAAAGAACUAGAAUAUCAAAAGGAUAAGGAACUAAAAAUAUCUAAGGACAUCAUGAUUUAUUCAGAUAAUUCGCCAUCGGAAAUAGAGAGUACGCCAUUGAGUAGCGACCAGGUGGCUGUUCUUCGAGCCGAAAUUUGGUCCCUGAGAUCUGUUUUAGAAUUACGUAGUCAGGAAAAUUCAUCAAUGAGAAGCGAAAAUGAUAUGUUACGCCGUGAAGUCGAAGGUAAAGAAGCACUCGAGCAACGGGUUGAAACUCUCGAAGCUCGAUGUGAAGAUUUGAAAGCACAAUUACAAAGUAAAGAAUCUUAUGAACGUCAAAUCGCUCACGAGAAUGAAAUAUUGUUGGGUUCAUUCCAUGAAAUUUCAAAACAAAAUAAACGUGUGACACAAAAAAAUGAAGAACUCCAAUGGAGAUUAAGACAAAAAAGUGAAGUCGUAAGUGUUCUAGCAAACCAAUUAGCGACACCAACACAAAGACUAUCUAGAUCACUUGGUCCAGAGCACAUCGAGCACUCGAUAACAGCGGAAAAAAAUUCACCCGCUACAUCAAGUUCCAUGAUUAAAUUUAUGGUACACAAAGGAGAUUCAGUCUCAUGGACACUAGAAAUUGAUGAGUCUUGUGACCCGUUACCUAACGCUGAUUCCCGGCCAGCUGUAUCACGACAACAUUCACUCAGAAGAACACCAAGAAAGUCACUGGACAUCAGAGCACGAUCCAAAAGUGUAUCGACAACGGACGUUGUUACCAAUAGCAGUGACUGGACACCCAAUUAUAAUUCUACCCCACGUUGUGCCCGUAGAAGACCACGCAGUGACCCUUCGUCCAACGCUAUCGUUGCUAAUCCACCGCUGGUGUCAGCCAAUGAGGCUAAUACUGGUCCCAGACCUCAAGAAGCCGGUGGCGAGGCCAUGAUUUCUGAGGAAACUGCUUCUGCUACAAGUAGCGAAGAUGAAUCAUCAGCCAGCAGUGAUCUUCCGCGACUACCUAUGGGCUUUGAUUGGAACGAUUCAGUUGAAUAAAUUAUGCACUUAAUCUUCCACCAAUUCAAAAGAAUUUCUUUUUUUUUUAAUUUUUCAUUCAUUUUCUAUACAAGAACUGGAUUUAAAAUUUUUUUAUUCGCCCGAGUGCAUGUAUUUAGUCUAUAACUUUUCAUUAAUUUUUUAAAUUGAAAAACCACCGGGAAAAACGGGCAAUUUACGGAAUAAGUUUUUUUCACAUUUUUCAUUUUUUUUCUCUAUAACAUAAAAUACGAAAAUAAUUUAAUAAAAAAAAAAAAAAAAAAAAAAAAAAACAAGUUAUUUUUUUAUCGGGUUUGUAUAUAUAUGUCAUCAAAAGUUAUGUUUAGUUAUAUUUUAUAUGUAAAUAUCACAAUAAUUUUUAUCUUUUAUUAUUAAUUAGUUUAUUAUUAUUAUUAUUUUAUUAAUUUUAAGUAAAAUAAAAUUAAAAAAAUAUGAUAAUAUAUUAAUUAAAGUCUAGAUGUUGCUCGAAUAAAGAUAUUUAUACAAAAUAGUAAUAUAUAAAUAUAUAUAAACUUUGUCAGCCGUUUAUGUUUAAAAUUUUUUCGAUGUGUAUAUCAGAGAUAAAAAUAUAAGCAAGCAAUUAAGUAUAAAUAUAUAUAUAAAUAAAUAAAUAUAAAUAUAAUUUA